AGCGUUGGCCCCUCACCCAGCACCGAUCCCUCCGGCUCCUGAGGGCCCCCUUCAUGCCGCGGGCCCCUCUGCUCAGCCACAACACGGUGGCGUCUGAGGGGGUCUUUGACGUCACCCUGGGGAGCUUCCCGUCGGACGUGUCCCUCGACCGGGUCAAAGUGCGUGGCGGCGGCGGUGGCGGCGGCGGAGGGAAGGUGCUCUGGAGCCGGACCACCGGGGGCCACGAGGUGUCUAGGGUCGACCACGGCAACGGGAGCCACUCCUACCAGCUACAGGUCCCGCUCUCGCACGCCGCCGUGAUCGAAGAGCAUAGAGCGGCCGGCCACCGGACACGCAGCCUCACGGUGACCUUUGACCUCCGGGUUUCCCCCGGCGGUGAGGUAUUCCCCUAUCCCGCCACCUUGGAGAGCAGCGCUCCAGACUCCCACGAGGGGGGCCGUCUGCGUCUGGAGGCCCGCUGCUUGGAGCGGAGCCUGCUGGUGCGGCUGCACUACGGGGCCCGGGGCCCGGACCACCUCCAGUGGGAGCUGUACCUGGGGGGCCGGCGGCUGGACAUGGAGCUGGCCCGGAUGGGGCGGUUCCGUCUGGAGGACCACGAGGACAGCCUCAGCGUGGAGAUCCCCCUCCACGGCCCCGGGAUGGUGUUCGAGGAGGUCACCCUGGGCCGCGUGGGGGUCCGGGCCCAGCUGUCCGUGGUGGGCCUGGGGUCCCGGGAGGAGGAGGACCGGAUCGUCCAGAGAUGCACCUUCACUCCCGGCGAGUUACUAGCGUGCCUGCCGGAGGGACGGGUGGUGGCGGUGGUGGACACCACCCACAGCGCCCCCCCCGUGCAGCCCAACCGCACCACCCUGUUGGAUCCCAGCUGCGUCCCCAUGGAAACGGACAGCGCGCGGGCACUGUUCGUCUUUGACGUAGGGGCCUGUGGCACGACGCUGACGACUGAAGGUGAUCUGCUCAUUUAUGAGAACCAGGUUAGAAAUCAUCAGGAGUUUCUUCCUCUGGUUGGGGACCCGGUGAUACAGAGAGAUACUCCGUACAGGCUGACCCUCCAGUGUCGCUACCCGGCCAGCGACUCCAGGAACCUCUUUUCGUCCCCGCACGUGUAGCCCAACUCUGGGCCUGAGCUCCUCACUUCACAGCAGGGACGGCCUCCAGCCACGGCCAAGUUAUGACCAGACACUCGUGGCUAUCCUGGAGACGGACUGAUUCUCUACCUUGGAAUGCAGACAUUUAUAAGUGAAUCCCUGCGUCGAAUGUUGAUGUGUUCUUUUUUUAUCCAAUGGCACCUUCUCUGCAAAUAUACCUAUCAAUAAACUCUCUG